UCCUCAACAUCCAGGAGGUGAAAGAGAAAGGCCGAGCCCCCGACCCUCCUGCAACCUGGAGCCUUCAGCUGCAGAUCAGCAUGACGGGUCCUCAUGACUACAUAUCAGCCCAUGAAUGGCCUCUGAUGGUGUUCUACAUGGUGAUGUGCAUCGUCUACGUGCUGCUGGCGUUGCUCUGGUCGCUCCUGUCUGCGUGCUACUGGAGGGAUCUGCUCAGGAUCCAGUUCUGGAUCGGAGGAGUCAUCUUCCUGGGAAUGUUGGAGAAAGCCGUUUACUACGCCGAGUUUCAGAGCAUCAGAUACGACGGCUUGUCCGUCCAGGGGGCGGUGGUGUUCGCUGAGGUCCUGUCUGCAGUGAAGAGGACUCUGGCUCGGGUCCUCGUCAUCAUCGCCAGCCUCGGAUACGGCAUCGUCAAGUUAGUACUCGGCGCGUUGCUCCACAGAGUCGUCGGAGUCGGUCUGCUCUACCUGAUCUUCUCCAUCGUCGAGGGAAUCCUACGAGUCAACACUGCUGAAGAUGACGUAGUUCUCCUGGCUGCUAUCCCUCUGGCUGUACUCGACUCUACCCUCUGCUGGUGGAUCUUCGUGAGUCUGGCUCAGACGAUGAAGCUGCUGAGGCUGAGGAGGAACGUGGUGAAGCUUUCCCUCUACAGACACUUCACCAACACGCUCAUCUUCGCCGUCAUAGCAUCGGUCAUCUUCAUCAUUUGGACCACAAAGACCUUCAGGAUGUCUAAAUGUGGAUCUGACUGGAGGGAGAUCUGGAUCGAUGACGCUUUCUGGCGCUUCCUGUUCUCCAUCAUCCUAUUGGUCAUCAUGUUCCUAUGGCGACCAUCGGCCAAUAACCAGAGGUACGCCUUCAGCCCUCUGAUAGAUGAAGAGAGCGAGGAAGAGGAGAAGGAACCCAUGAUGAACGAAGCUUUCGAGGGGAUGAAGAUGAGGGGAAUGAAGAACGAGACCAACGGAACGGCCAAAGCCAACAAAGUGGAUGAGGAUCUGAAAUGGGUAGAAGAGAACAUCCCAACAUCUAUGGCAGACGUUGCUCUGCCACCUCUGCUGGACUCUGAUGAGGAAAUCAUGACGACCAAGUUUGAGAUGUCCAAGAUGGAGUGAUGAAAAAGAAAAAGGAAAAAAAA